AUGGUGUCACCCAGCGGCGAUUUGCACUUGCCAAUUUCUAACGAACAGUGCAUGCCGGAAAAUAAUGGAUCUCUUGGGUUUGAAGCUCCAACCCCGAGACAGGUUCUGAGAGUUACGUUAAACCUGAAAUAUUUAAUUGAUAAGGUCGUUCCUAUUGUUUAUGAUCCUACUGAUAUUGUUUGCGACCAUUCUGAGAUUUUGUCACCAAAAGUCGUAAAGCUGGCUUAUGAAGCAUGUGGUGGGAACCCUAAAGACAGAAUCAACAAAAGGAAAUAUCAAUCGGUCAUUAUUUUUUCGCUUCUUAAAGUUUGUGAAUGGUAUUCUAUAUUGGCCACUAUGGAAGUGCACAAUGCGAAGCUUUACGAAACCAGAAAUUUAGCCUCACAGCAGCUAUGUAAAUUGUUAAUUGAGAGAGAGGAAACAAGAGAUCUGCAGUUUCUUUUCAUGCAAUUACUGUUGCGUCGCUACGUUAUCAAUGAAAACGACGAAGAUCAAGAACCAUUGAAUGCCUUGGAGCUCGCCACAGAUAUGCACUGCACUACAGUGAUAGGGUCGAGCGGAUUUCAGCGCUGUUUAAAAUGGAUAUGGAGAGGAUGGAUAGUCCAAAAUGGCUUGGAUCCCACGACUUUUAUUAAGGACGAUUCACUGGCGGAAGUCUCCUUGAUUUCGCAUUUUAAUCCUGUAAGACUAAAGGCGCCCAUAUAUCAAAAUUAUUUACAGAUGAUCUUUUCAUUCUUGUUUCUAGGGCUUUAUACUUUGGUGGUUAAUGGCAAGGACUCUGAGAGAGUUCAAUCUUUUGAUUUGUUGGAAAGCAUAUUUUAUGUUUUCAAUACAGGUUUCAUAUUGGAUGAGCUCACUAAGCUUUAUUAUAUCGGUUAUGCACACCUAUCGUUUUGGAAUUUAUUUAAUGAUACCACAUAUUUGAUAAUCACAUUGGCUAUGGGGUUCCGUGCAAUGAGUGUAACUCCUCUUAAUGCAAAAUACUCUUCAGAAGAUUGGGAUAAAAUAUCAUAUAGGGUUCUAUCGUGCGCGGCACCGUUUGUGUGGUCUAGACUGUUGCUGUACCUCGAAUCACAAAGGUUUAUUGGGAUUAUGUUGGUUAUCCUAAAACAUAUGAUGAAAGAAUCCAUUGUAUUUUUCUUCCUUCUAUUCUUAAUAAUGAUUGGAUUCACUCAGGGUUUCUUAGGUUUGGAUUCUGCCGAUGGUAAAAGGGAUAUCACGGGCCCUAUCUUGGGUAAUUUAACAAUCACCGUUUUGGGGCUCGGUAGUUUUGAUGUUUUUGAAGAAUUCGCCCCCCCCUAUGCGGCAAUAUUGUAUUAUGGAUACUAUUUUAUUGUUUCAGUCAUUCUUUUGAAUAUAUUGAUUGCAUUGUAUUCGACUGCGUACCAAAAAGUUAUUGACAACGCAGAUGAUGAGUACAUGGCUUUAAUGUCACAAAAGACUUUGAGAUACAUUAGAGCACCUGAUGAAGAUGUCUAUGUUUCUCCAUUGAACUUGAUUGAAGUGAUCAUGACACCUAUUUUUCGUAUUCUUCCCCCGAAGCGUGCUAAGGACUUGAGCUAUACAGUAAUGACAAUAGUGUACAGCCCAUUCUUGUUGCUCAUUUCUGUUAAAGAAACUCGUGAGGCUAGAAGGAUAAAAUAUAACAGAAUGAAAAGGUUGAAUGAUGAUGCCAAUGAAUAUGAUACACCAUGGGAUUUAACAGAUGGCUAUUUGGAUGAUGAUGAUGGUUUAUUUUCUGAUAACCAAAAUUCUGGUAUGAGAGCCACCCAAUUAAAGAAUUCACGUUCGCUAAAAUUGCAAAGAACAGCGGAGCAAGAAGAUGUCCAUUUCAAAGUCCCAAAGAAGUGGUACAAAAAAGUUAAAAAAUGCAGUCCCUCCUUCGAGCAGUAUGAUAACGACAGCACUGAGGAUGAUGUCGAUGAAGAUAAAGAUGAAGUCAAAGAGCUCACUGAAAAAGUGGAAAACUUGACAGCUGUAGUAACCGAUCUACUGGAAAAAUUAGAUAUAAAGGAUAAGAAAGAGUAA